CUUGUCAUAUAGUGGUUUUGUGGACGCUUCAUUUCUGACUAGCUCGUAUCGAUCUACUUAUAUGUCCUUUUUCAAGCCUGUGCCUGAUAUGCAUAAUUGUUCUCCAUAUGAUGGUCCGAGAAUUAUAGCUGAUGAGAGGCUAAAACGUGGAGCUGGACGUCCACGGUCCACUCGAAUACAAAAUGAAAUGGAUGCAGCUGAUAGGUCUGGCAAAUAUAGAUGUAGCAUUUGUAAGGUUUCAGGACACAAUAAGCAAAGAUGUCCUAAUAAGAACGGUGAAGGAACAUCUGGGUCUGAUGGCGCAGUCCAUCUUUCCCGGCCCCACUGAUCGCAGCGUUCUCACCCUCCAGGACCAGCAUCGGAGUGAGGAUGUCUGGAGGGGAGUAGCGGACACGGUACUAUCGUGUCGGUUGCAUCAUCACAGUCUCUAUCUUGACUGGGAGAUUCACGAGAGGGUUCUUCGGUAUGUCGAGCGGGCUGGUUUUCUCGGCAUACAUCGUUUGGUAGGGGGAGGUUUGGAGAUUGAUAGACCACUUCUGACGGCAUUAGUGGAGCGAUGGAGGCAGGAGACCCAUACAUUUCAUUUGACUGUUGGGGAGGCGACGAUUACUUUGGAGGAUGUCGCUGUUAUCCUUGGACUUAGAGUCACGGGGCACCUGUUAUUGGUCGAGGCGAGGCGAUUUGCCCGGGCUUACAUUCUUGCAUUGAUGGGCUCCAUUCUUUUUGCCGACAAGAGUGGAGAUGCAGUCCAGGUUGGAUGUUGUUUGGGAUUGGUGGAAUUUUUUUGGCGUUCUGGCAGUUGGCCAGUUAUGUGGGAAACAAUGCAGUGA